UUCAUCUCACGGGAGGGAGGGGAGGAGUUUAUGGAGCCAAUGAGGGGUCUUAACAUGUGUGUUCCCGGUCCACUGCCAAUAUUUCCGCCUCUGCUCCCGUGCUGAAUGGAUCUAUGAGGAAGCCUGUGAAUUUACUGUAAACCGAGGCUGCGCUCAUUGCUUUGGAUGAGCCUCCAGCCGUCUCCUGCUGCUCUCCGCCCGAAACCGAGGCAGAGGAUGGAUGGAAACUUGUGUCCGCUGGUGAUCCUGUCUGUGUUCCUGCUGUCCAGCGACUUGCGGCUCUGCUCAGCUGCCUUCCUGGAGCCGGUCGACCUGUUGUACGAUAGCGCCGUGCGGGCUUUCUACGGCGGCGACUAUGAGAGCGUGGUGCGCUACAUGGAGGGAGCGCUCAGCAGCCACGGGGGAGUCCGGCGCACCCGGGUCCGGUGCCGGCUGAGGUGCCAGGACCAGCACCCGUUUCAUGAAACCCUCUCGGACCUGCGCUUCUUCGACGUGGUGCUGCGCAGGGCUGCGUGCAUGAACGCAUGCAUUGAGGCGAAGCUUGGCACACAGUCCGUGCAUAAGGUCAGCGAUGAGGUCAUACAGGACUUCAACAGGAGGAUCCCCUACAACUAUCUCCAGCUGGCUUAUCAAAAGUUGAAGCAGCCGGAAAAGGCGGCAGCAGCAGCUCAUACCUAUUUUCAGGCCAAUCCAGAACAUGUGGAGAUGGGCCAACACCUCGAACAGUACAAAGACCUGCAGGGUGURGAAGAAAACCACUUUGUGGACCGGGAAGCCCGGCCUCAUCAGCAAUCAUUCACAGCGGCAGUAAAGUUAUACGACAAAGGCGACUACGAAGRAGCUGUWACWCUKUUCGAGGAUGCCUUGGUAGAAUACUACAAAGCCGAUGUGGAGUGUCGGGCCCUGUGCCAGGGGCCGCAGAAGUUUGAGGGUCACGACCACGUACGCUACCGCUACAGCCUACAUGAAGUUGUGUCGGAUCAUUUUACUCAGGUUUUGCACUGUGAGCACGAGUGCGUCCGAGACCUCGCUACCCGUCCAGGCCGCCUCUCCCCAAUGGAGAACUACCUGCCCCUUCACUACGACUACCUUCAGUUUGCCUAUUUUAAAGGUGGGAUGUUUGUAGAAGCUGAACGUUAUUUGACGAGGCACCAGCUGGAACUGGAACUCCUUCUAAUGGGCAGUAAAAUAAUGGGCGUUGACUUCACUGAAGGGAAUUACUGGAGCAGCACAGGAGGAAGGGAUGAUUCCAACAGGAUUCCCUCAGGAACAGAUGGUUGGAUGGAGUACGUUCCCAUUUCAGAGAAGAAAAACAUCACUGUGAUUGUUUCGCAGCAGCUUAAAGAAGGUGGCCCCCUGCUAUAUGACAGCGUGCAGCUGGUGCAGAACUCCGUGGCUUUGAACGGGACCCAGCGGGUUCUCCUCGAUCAUGUCAUCUCUGAGUGGGAGUGUGCAGAGCUCAGAAACCUGGCACAUGCAGUCACCAUGGCAGGAGACGGUUACAGAGGCAGGAUGUCUCCACACACUCCCAAUGAGAGGUUCGAAGGAGCCACUGUGCUAAAAACUCUGCAGUACGGCUACGAGGGCCGAGUGCCCAUGAGCAGCGCUCGACUCUUCUAUGACACCAGCGAGCGAGUGAGACGCAUCGUGGAGUCCUACUUCAUGCUCAACACUACGCUGUACUUCUCCUACACACACCUGGUGUGUCGGACAGCCAUCACAGGCCAACAAGAUCACAGGAAUGACCUGAGCCAUCCCAUCCAUGCUGACAACUGUCUGCUGGAUCCAGACGCCAACGAGUGUUGGAAAGAACCACCAGCAUACACAUACAGAGAUUACAGUGCACUGUUAUAUCUAAAUGGAGAUUUUGAAGGAGGGGAGUUUAUAUUCACAGAAAUGGAUGCCAAAACAGUCACGGCAUCAAUAAAACCAAAGUGUGGUCGGCUGGUGGGUUUCUCAUCAGGGGGAGAGAAUCCACACGGUGUGAAAGCCGUCACCAGUGGGCAGAGGUGUGCUGUGGCUCUGUGGUUCACCUUAGAUCCGCUCUACAGAGAACUGGAGAGGCUUCAGGCGGACGAGGUGAUCCAGGCUUUGGAAACGCAGUCAGUUUGGGGUCAGGGCCUCACCAUCAACCCUAAAGAUGAACUGUAGAAGCCGUCUAAAGAAAUCUCCAUCGUUUCUUCAUUAUCUUUAUCAGUGAAACCCUUUUUUUUGCUAUUUAUUAAACAACGUUUGGAUCAGAA